CUGCGGUUAAGCUUAACGAGGUCUGUUGAUAUGGACAACGCCGAACAAGAAAUCGAUACCAAGCAGGAGGAAUUGAGGCGCAAAAAGCAAGAAAAGCUGCUUGCGAAAAAAGCCGCCGCACGAGAGACACAAAAUCAACUGUACCGGGACCACCUUCAACGGGAGCGAGAGUUUUCGGACCAAACGGAAAAGACAUUCUUCGCCGGGUGGGAAACACUCUGCGCGCAGGUACGCUCCGACCAGCUGGCAGAAGAGCUUCGGCAGCAGCAACAAUGUUUCGGAACCGUUUUCGAUCGUAAAAACGAAAUCAUCCAACGAUUGAUUGGUGUGCGGGAUGAGAUUCAAGAAAUACAUACGAAAUGUUUGACCCGAUUGGGGAACGUCAUCGAUUACUAUAUCCGGCUUAAGGAUUACCUCACUGCAACAAUGCUACAGCGCUAUGAAACCGAAAGUCAACAGCUUCUCAAAGAGUUCCGUGAAGAAGUCGAUAGUAAAGAGAGCUUUAGUAACUCCCAAUUGGAGAUGUUGGAUGCUUCACUGGCGGAACUGUUGUCCAAAAUGAAGGACGAUCAAUUGGCAGACAGUGAAUGGCUGCUUGAAAGCAACAACCAGAACAUAAGUGCGCAAGUGGAAAAAUGUGAAAUUAUUCGCGAUAAAAAAUACACCGAAAUGAGUGCCCUCUAUCGGCGGCUGCGUGCAACACUCGAUGACUACUUCGAAACCGUAUUGUAUCCGGAGCGGAAACAAUCGUACAAUCGGCUUGUCUACUACACCGAGCUUGAACAGGAAGCUAUCGAGCAACGCCGCUGUCAGGUGGCCGUACUGCAGCUGAAGAAAACGCAACUCGAUCACAGCCUUACGCUUGCGGAAAUUGGUGGAAGACGGAAACUGCGUACGCGCCACAACUAUCGUCGAUUACUCGAGAUGAAGGUGCAACUGCUGAAGGAGCAGCAGAAAGAACUCGACGUUGAACAUGACCAGUGCAUGAAAUGGUGCUGUUCUUUCACGCAUCAUCUAAAGAACGUGCUUACGGAACAUCUGUCCUGGGGUGAAAGAAUUGCUAAACUUGGUCUUAUCUGCACACAGUACGAAAAUGAACAAGAUCAGAAAUAUGCCACCAAAUGGUUCGUCCAGCAGGACGAAGAUGAGUCAAAUGAACUUGGCGAUAUUUUCGGUACUUUAACCAACAAAAUUAAUCGUGUAGAAGCAAUCAAUAUAAUUCGACGUGAAGAAAAGGUCCGUUUGAAGCAAGAAAAUAAUGAUUUAAAAACUAAAUUCAAGACUUACUGUGCAUUGCACAAAACGACCAAUCAGGAAAAGUUAUUCUUGUGCGGCCAAGAAAUAGUAGUCCCGGAAGUCAGCCGCAAAUAAACCACAAAAGGUGCGUUUUUUUAAAUGUUUUUAUCUUUAUUUUCAUUUAGCUUUUAAGGCGUGAUAGCUUUUAACUUCGAAAGGUUUUUGUCGUUGUAGUGUCUGUACUUAAUCACAACAUCCUAACCAUUAGAUUGGGUAACGCGCCUCACGCCAUCUGACCAGAUCUGCCGGAUUUAUCGCAACAUAAGUCCAUCAUUUCCCGCAACUCAUCAACCUUUAAUGUAGCUGAACCGCUUUUGGUCACAUUCUUUUCCUUAAAACCCCCAUUAUCUGUAUGGCACACUUUGGGUCUCACAUCACAUCAUUUACUGCCCUGGGUUUGGGCACGCGUACCCCUACAGCUGGUCUGGUUGGCGUGACUAUUUAUUUUAAAUUUCAACACGUUUAGUGCAUUUUCUUGACUUUUUAGUUCGGUUUUUAGCAGACGCACGGUAGAUGUCUGUUAAACGCGUCGCGUAACAAAUGGCAUCGUUUUGCGUGCGCAUUUGUAUGCAAAUAGAGCACCUGGUAGGGUGGAAUUUGACGUGCAGUUUAUGUUUUUGGCGCUUCGUCGCAGCUUUUCUUCGGGAAGCAUUCUACGGUGUAAUGGAUUACACGACGUAACACUAAAGGCAAAGUAGGUGUUUUAAAAGGAUAAGAUAUCGUCGUGACAUAUUAAAAAGAACUUAAUUGCAGUGAUUUGAUUUCAUUCCGUGGGAUAAAUAUUAGACUAAUGUAUUACUGUUACAGACGGUUUUUACGCUUUUAAUUUGCAAUAUUUAAAAGUGCUUUAUCCGACAUUGGUAAUCAUAUUUCUUUUUUGGGCUGUAAUGUGUAUUUUGUCCGGUGGUCUAUAGCAAUUGUUUCAAACGUCCUUAACUCUCUGAUGCUGAUGGAUGCUGUAUCUGAAGAGUCUGAGAUUCGUUUGACUGAGACGAUUCUCUUGAUACCUACGAGGAAACUCACAAUGCGUGCGAGAGCAAUCACCGAUUCAACAACUACUAGAGAGCGAGAGAGUGAGAGAACACAGAUGAAUUGGUAGACGUAACACUAAUCGUACCAAAUGGGAAUCCAAUGAAUUUCAUCAAACAAAUAUUGCACAUUAUAGUAUUUACCGAGUAUUAGCAGCAUUACAAUUAUGAAUUAAA